AUGAGCGGCACCGACGCGGGCGGCCCCGCCGAGGGUCAACCCUUUGUUGUCGAUUUCAAUGUCGACCCCAAUGUGAAUGCGCAUCAAUUCUCUGACAGGCCCAGGAAUAUCCAUCGUCCGCAGGAGAUCGCUGAAUUUUCUUAUGAUGAAGACCACCAGAUUCAUCUUGAUGCGCGCUCGCUGAGCUACUACUACCCGCCGCAGCCCCUCGGCGCUGAACACAACAUCUACCUUGACAAGGGCGUUGAAAGCUUCCGCAGGCUCGAUGACACCCAGGACAGCCAUCUCACCGGCCUUCUCGCCGCUAUCAUGGGCAUGGAGAAGAAGCAGAACCAAAAGACUAACGCGCAUUUCAUCGCCUACCGAGGCAUGAUCACCAACCUACUCGCCAUGCCUUACCAAAGACUCGAUGAGUGGGCCAUGAACGCAACGUUUUACGAUGGCACGAUCUUCAUUGAGGAAGACAAGGCCGCCAAAUUCGAAAAGAAGGCACGUGAAGCCGGGCAGCAGGAUCGAGGCCCCGGACAGCAACGUAGGGAGACGCUGCAGUACUACUAUGGCUUCAAGUUCGAAACUCUCUACACCAUCCCCGACAUCUGGGACAACGUCUCCCGUGACGAGAUUGAGAGCCGCGACGACAAGGUUGUGAGUAACUACGCACAAUACUGCUCCAUUGUCAAGACCGGCGUUGGCAACAUCGAUAUGGUCAUCGGCGGAGAGGUCGAUUGCACCCACACAGUCUGGGACUCCAAGAUCGAAGGCGCGAAGCACCACAACUACGUCGAGCUCAAGACGACCGAGUGGCUCGACGAGAACCGGUUGCCGCCACAGCAGUGGCAGAGGAAGAUGCUCAACUACGACCGCCGUAAGCUCAAGUACUGGGCCCAGUCAUACCUCAUCGGCUGCCCGACCGUCAUCGUCGGCAAGAAGGACACCGACGGCCACAUACACAUGCCGCUCGAGGUGCUCAAGACCAACAACAUUCCCGCCGCCGUCAGGAACACCAGCGGCGCGUGGAACUCGGUCGUUUGCGUCCAGACGCUCGGCGCGUUUCUCGAAUGGCUGGACUCGCACAUCAGGGAUUCCUCCGGUGUGUGGAAGCUGGUCAAGUACCGCAAUAACUCCAUGAUCCGACUCAUCCACAUCGAGCCGACUGGCACCGGCGAGAUCCUGACGGAUGAAUUCAAGGCCCAUCGCCUCGUCUUGGCUCAGAGCAGUCUGUUGGCUCGACUCGAGAGGCACCCGUUGGCCGAGGAAGCGGACGGCGGCGGCGGCGGCGGGGACAAGAUGGACACGGACGAUGGCGAUGGUGGUGGUGGUGGAGACAAGAUGGAUACGGAGACUUAA